AGUGCGCAUUCAGUCGUGGCGGGAAACACGGAGACAUGCGUCCCGAACGAACCAUACCGCGGCCGGCCGUCAGUUUCGCGCCAUUUCUACAGUAAUGGGAACGACUCGGUCGCCGCGGACGGGACAAAUCACAAAAUCAACCUCAUUGGACUCUUUCGUAUAAAAAAACUGAUCGGCUAUAAAGUUAAUAUAUAAAAUUUAAAGCAUUCCAAUGUUAAUAAAAUCUGUGACUUUUUAAUACCCAAAAUGGCUGUGCGAUUAGUUUUACAAAAAUGUUUUUUGUUAUACAAUAAUUUAUGCGUAAAAUUUAAACGUUGCGUUACUUUUUCGUAAAUCGAAAUGGUUGAGACUGAAGUGUUAGUGACGACAGAAAAUCCGGCGACCCCACAUAGGUCGCCGACACCUGAAUUACAUGCGACCUACACCUCUUUGGAAAUCCUUGUUGCAUUGGUCGCUGUUGUUGGAAACUCUAUGGUGAUUUACGUGUUUAGGAAAGACCGAAGGUUGCGAAGGCGAACGAAUUACUACAUAGUCUCUUUAGCGAUUGCAGAUUUGUUAGUGGGUUUGCUGGGAAUUCCGUUUGCGAUAUUAGCUUCAGUGGGAUUGCCAAGGAACCUCUACGCCUGUCUCUUUACAGUGUCAUUGUUAGUGAUGUUGUGUACGAUAAGCAUCUUUUGCUUGGUGGCAGUGUCUGUGGAUCGCUAUUGGGCCAUUCUUUAUCCAAUGUGCUACUCAAGGAAUGUGCGAACCAAAACUGCAAUUUCAAUAAUAUCAGCCUGUUGGGUCGCGGGUGCUGGUGUGGGUUUGCUACCACUGUUCGGCUGGCACGCGGCGGUGGGCCCGUCUCCAGGAUGCUACUUCGUAGAAGUCAUGGACUACAACUACCUGCUGUUCCUUUACUUCGCGACAAUUGUCACACCCAGCGUCCUUCUCGCAGCAUUCUACGCUCAUAUUUACCGGGUUGUUGUCAAGCAGAUGAGUGCUGUAGUCACUGUUGAAGGCGGACAGGGUCGCGCCGGAACCAUGCUGCGAGUUCUUGGUGCAGCUCAGAAGAGGGAAGUGAAAGCUACACAGAACCUGGCCAUCAUUGUGUUCUUCUUCAUUGUCUGCUGGAUACCACUGUACACUAUCAAUGCUAUUAAAGCAUUCAUGCCACAGUUAGACAUCCCAAAUCCUCUCACAUACUUCUGCAUCAUCGUCUCCCAUUUAAACUCUGCUAUCAAUCCUUUACUCUACGCAUAUCAUUUAAAAGACUUCAGAGCUGCAUUAAAAGGUCUCUUGUGUACCAUUAUUGGUCGAGGAGUCCCUCUUCCUGCUGUUUAUAGACCACCAGUCCCUAUGCGACGCCCGGCAUUAGAACGGUGCAAUGCUUUACGCGAACGUCCUAAAAUUUAUGUCAAUUCUCCCGUGUGGCUCAGACAGAAAGAAGCUGAGAGAGUACAACAAGAAAAGAAAUGUGAAACAGCAACUACAGCUGUUGCUGAUACAGAUUUAGAACCUUUUAUAAGCAAAUCUCACAACAACAGUAAAGAAUGCUAUUCUUCUGAUGGGCGAGAUAAUAUAGGGCCAUUCCUAAUCGAAACUCAACAUGAAAGUCAGAAUACUUCUAGAAAAAUUGGAAAUACCCUACGGCGAUCCAGGAAUAUGAAUGCUGAAAAUAGUUGACCAUUAACCAGCCGGAAUAAUACCGGCUAAAAAGCUUUAAAUUAUUUUAAGACAUUUAUUGUAACUAAGGAGAUUAUAUUCAGUUACCAAAGUUUUAUCGCUGUUAUCAAUGUGUAUUUAUAAAACUAUUUAGUACCUAAGGAUGUUGUUGAUAUUAAAGUAUUCCUUAUUGUUGUUGUAUUUUAUGGAUGUGAUUGAUGCUUUUUAAAUAAAUGUGGGCUUGAAUGUGA